AUGUUCAACAAGAAGAAUCCUGACAAGCAAGUGUCGUUAGUCAAUAUGCUCUCGACGAGAUAUGGAGAGAGUGCAGUGGCCGAAGCGCUUGUACAUGCGACGAAGGCCAAGAGAUCGAUGAAAAUCGCAUCACAGCUGCAGAGCCAGCAAUUCGAGAAUUGGUUGCACACGCACAAGUCUGCUGAUGACAUCUUUGCGAUGCUAAUAAUCAGUCACGAUCCGACUCCAGCUAUGAUCGACCCGAAACUGUAUGCGCUGCAAUGA